UUGUAAAGUCAUUAACUCCCUCAGCCAUGCCGGCCCGAGCUCCGGCAGCGGCUGCUCCUGCCACCGCCGCUGGUGGGCCGCGCCGCCUCGCCGUCUCCUCCGCGGCGGCGGCAGCAGCGGCAGCAGCAUCGCGGAAUGGCCGCCGCUCCCCACCUCCUCCUCCUUCUCAGCGCCGCCGCCGCCCCCUUCGGCGCUAAGGACAGUAGUGAGGCAGCAGAUGGAGCUGGCUUCUGGGAUGAAGAAGUCACCAAGUGGUGGGGAGAGUGGAGCUCCUGGUCCACCUGCUCCCGGUCCUGCGGAGGAGGCGUGAUGUCCCGGGAGAGGCACUGCUUGCAACAGAGACUACAGAUACCCCAGGCAACAAACAGUACCAUAUGUGUUGGUCAAGCCAAGCACUACCAACUGUGUCAGCAGCAGCUCUGCCCAGCCAAUACAGCAAGCUUCAAACAGCAGCAGUGCUCCAGUUUCAAUGCCAAAGCCUUUGGGAAGCGUUACUACCACUGGAUGCCUCUCUAUCCAGAUGACUACACCAGUAUCUCCAAUAAGCCAUGUGACCUCCAGUGCACUACCCAAAGUGGAGAGAGGCAGCUGAUGGUCCAGGCACAGGAUGGUACCUCCUGCAAGGACAGGACCUAUCAAGGGGUCUGCAUCAAUGGGAAAUGUGAGCCAGUUGGGUGUGAUGGGAGCCUGUACUCACCCCGGACGAUGGACAGAUGCAGGGUGUGUGGAGGGGACGGCAGCACUUGCCAUCGUGUCUCGGGCAGCUUCCGAAAGGCAAUCUCACAGAUAGGUUAUGUGUUCAUCACCAACAUUCCAGCUGGUGCCACAGACAUCCUUAUCAUUGAGCGCAGGAAAACAGAAAAUAUCCUAGCACUUGCAGAUGAAUCUGGACAUUUCUUCUUCAAUGGUAACUCUGCCAUUGACAACCCUCAGAACUUCAGGGUAGCUGGCACAGUCUUCAAGUACCGGCGGCCCUUGAGCAUGAACUCAGAUGGACUGGAGUAUAUCAUAGCUCAUGGACCCACUAACCAGUCUCUGAAUGCCAUGUACUACAACUUCAAUGGGAAAAUGCCACACAUAACUUAUGACUACACUGUACCACGGAUACUGCCUCUCCAAACUGCAGCCCCUGAUAUAGACAGACCUCUCUAUCACCACCUACCAGAGACCAGCCAGAACUAUCCCAUUCCAGCUAACUCCAGAGCUGCCCAGGACUUCAACACCACAUGGCUCACUCUGUCGCCAGAUACCAGUGAACAGCUUCCUCUAAGAGAAGGGCAUGAAGAUUUAGGCUUGGGUCACCCACACUUCUUCCAGAGCAACUCCACCAGUCAGGCUCAGGACUGGGGCUGGGAACAAGGUGAAGAGAAGAAGUAUGACUUCCAGAUAAGACAGAUCUAUCCCACAAACACAGCAGGAGAGGAGGAGGAAGCAGCAGCAGUUGGUGGAGAAACAGAGUUGGCUCUUAGGUUCAAUCAGAUUUCCAUCAGCACAGCUGUGCCCUACAGCAUGAGGAGAUCUGAGCUCUCAGAGAACAGCCACAUAGCAUCCUCCAGGCUUCAUCUCUUCAGGCGCCUGUGUCACCGAGACCCACACAACACUGCCUUCUGUAGGGAGUUGCAGCACCUGGCUGCCCGGCUGGCCUCAAGGAACUCCACAGUAGGACUAUGGACUGAGACAGCUGCUCGGUGGCCACAGGGCCUCCACAAAGUUCCGGCCCAUAAGAACUCACUGGAAGACUUGAAGGUGGAUGCACUUGCUGGGAGUCAGGGGGAAGCAGCCAACUACAGCAUGAUGGCAUCUGUGGAGAGCCCUCUGCUAGGUGCCAGCCCAACCAUGGACAUCAGCCAAGCAGAGCCCUUGCAAGCUCCUGGCACUGAAAGCAAUGAGUUUGAUGUGAGCCCUGUGAGCCAUGAUGACAUAAGCUUGGCUGACAUGUAUCGGUGGAAGGUCUCAGCUUAUGCCCCCUGCAGCUCCACAUGCACUUCAGCAGGUAUCAGUACCUCUUACGCGAUAUGUGUCCGGUAUGAUGGAGUGGAAGUGGAUGAAACAUACUGUGAUGCCCUAACACGACCAGAACCUACUCAUGAAUUUUGCACAGGGAGAGAUUGCCAGCCUAGGUGGGAGACCAGCCGGUGGAGCGAGUGCUCCAGAACCUGCAGUGAGGGCUAUCAAUACCGCACUGUGCGCUGCUGGAAGAUGUUGGCUCCAGGCUUCGACAGCUCUGUUUAUGAUGACCUCUGUGAGUCAGCUGGGCUGGCCAGGCCCAUGGAGAGGAAAGCCUGCAAGAACAAGGCCUGUGGGCCUCAGUGGGAGCUCUCUGAGUGGUCUGAGUGUUCAGCCCGGUGUGGCACUCAGGGGAUGAUGAAACGGGAGGUGCGCUGCUCAGUGGAAGCACCCCUCUGUGAUGAGUCCCAGAAGCCCAGCAGCGAGAAGGCUUGCACAGGCCCACCCUGCGACCGCCACUGGACUGCAUCGGAUUGGGGCCCGUGCUCAGGUUCGUGUGGUGAGGGACGCAUGAGCCGCUUCAUCGCAUGUCGUAACCUGGAGGGCAAAGUGAUCUCCAACUCACAGUGUGACCCAGUCACGAAGCCCCUGGCUGUCCAUCCAUGUGGAGACAAGAACUGCCCUGCACAUUGGGUGGAGCAGGAGUGGGACCAGUGUGAUGCCAGCUGUGGGCGAGGGAUGAAGACCCGAGUUGUCUUGUGUGCGGGCCUGGAGAAUGGAGUGUACAGGGAGUACCCUGAGAAGCACUGUGAAGCUUCUCAGAAACCAGAGGAACAAGCUACCUGUUUCAGGAGGCCAUGUGCUACAUGGUUCACUACUUCAUGGUCUCAGUGCAGCAAGACAUGUGGUGCUGGUGUGCGACUGCGUGAGGUAAAGUGUUACCAAGGGGAAGCAUUGGCUCAGGGCUGUGACCCUACUUCCAAACCAGAAGCUAGGCAGACAUGCCAUCUCCAGCCGUGCCCCACAGAGGCACCAGAAGAGGACUGUGAAGAUAAAGUGACAGCCAACUGUGUGCUGGUGCUGAAGGUGAAGCUGUGCUCUCACUGGUACUACAGGAAGGCUUGCUGCUGGUCAUGUCGGCUCAGAUCACCCUGACUGCUGCCAGGUCAUACUUCCCUUCCAUGUUAAGGGGCAAGAGCUCUCUCGAGCCAGACUUUACCACUUGAAGCCACACCACUCGGCUUGGCUGUGGAGCCAGUCCCUGUAGACCAGCCUGCUCACCGAGGAAGAAUUCCUAGGAGUUAGUCAUCACUGUUCCCUCUCCACCAAGAGGAUUUUACACAAGAUAGCUCAUCAGUUCCUCAAAAGUUACUGAGAAGCGAGUUGUCAAAGCCUGUCCCUGCUGUCAUCAUCUCUGAAGAGCUCUAGCUGGAGGCAGUGGGGGGCAGAGACCAGCCUGCAACAGGGCACAGACAACAGCAGCCAUCUCUCUGGUCUGCCCUGCAGAUUUUUAUACUAGAAGGACAAUUUCCAAAACACACUGAAAAAUUCUGUGUCACAAUAAAGAGCUAAACUAUAAAACUGUGGGUUUGGGAUGCCUGCACCUAGACCAGAGGCAAGAGAGGAGAGGGGCCACAAGGAACCAAAGUAGGAGCAGGAAGGGUGGAGAGGAAAAAUUCUUGCAUCAGUAUAGCUUCCAGGCAACACCAGGUAACCCCAUUUUGUGUUGCCUGCCAAAGAAUAGAAACCGCUCCUGUUUGUAUUUCAAAGUCCUCAUUUAUUUCUGACAUUUAAUUUGGACCCAUAGCUGAGCAACAAAGACACAGAAUAAUACCAGGAGGAAUCUGAAGUUGAAAAAAUCUGGGAUCCCUGCCUCUACCCCAUCCUGUUCCUCCACCAUCCCCAAAACCUUCGAACCCACAGCUGCAUUUCCUGUGUUUCCAGCCCUUUCAGACUCACCUGUUUCCCUGUAGCUGUGCCAGACCCAGGGUGUUGUGUUGCCUGUGAGGCUGACCCUCUUCUUGGCCAUCCAGCUAUUCUGGAACUGCCCUGCCAGCCUUGGCACCUCGUUAGCCAGUGAUGGGUCACGCUCAAUGUGCAUGUGAGGAUGAUGCAGUUGUCUUCACCAGAAGGGUGACCCACAGAAGCAAAAGCCCCUGUGUUAUUCCCACCCUCCAGAGGUCACGGCCCAGCACAUGCUGUCGUUGCGGUGGGAAGCCUUGCUGCAUGCCAAGAGGUAGAAUUGGAUGCUGGGAGCUGCUGUGCCUAUGAGCUGGCUCUCUGUGUCCUUUGAGGCAGUGGCAUUUCAGGGCCGUCUGGUGGAGCUGUGCAGGUGGCAGCCCGCAGAUCACGCUGGGACACACUAACUUCUUGUGGCUUCCAGCAGGAUGAGACCUAGUUGAGCAGAUGCUCUAGUGGAAAAGGAUGGGAUUUACCAACUUAGUCAAGAUAUUUUUUGCAGUUACAGACUUUGUUUUCAGGGAGGAAUACCAGCUGGAUGGGAAGCAUGAACU